AUGAAACCACUAAAACCAUACCAACCUUCCACGGCGGCGGUCGUGCUGCUACUACUGUUCGCCGUCAUUCUACCAAACUGCCGUUCCCUAGCAACGGACGAGACCGCAACCAAAAAGCCACCCAAACGCACGGUGAAGAAAAUGAUCCUACUAGAUCACACACCGGUGUUACCGCACAAAGUGCGCCUGCUGGAGGAUUGUUCCCGUGGGGCCAGCACCAACUGUACCCACACCUGCCCCGAUAGUUACACCGUCGACGCUCGCCAGCAGUACUGCCGCCCGAAGCGUCAGGACGGGAUCUGCCCACCCGGGUACGUGCAGCGUGCCGGUGCCGGUGGAGCGGCCGGCUGCGUGCUGGAACAAAUCCACUGUCCACCGGGCAGCAAACGCGAAGGCAAUCGGUGCGUAGUGCGAAGCUACAGCUGCCCACCCGGGUACGUACAGCGCGGACAGAGCUGCGUACGGGACAACAUCUGCCAGCCGGGCUACCGGUGGGAAAGUGGACUGUGUUUCCCCGCCGCCGCUCGAAUCUUCUGUCCGCCCGGCUUUACCGAACAGCAUCCCGGCGGUAACUGUGCACCGGCGGCCUGCUCCGACUGCUGCGACUGCCGGGAGGAGGUGGUCGCAACGAUAUGCCCCUCCGGGUACAGCACCCAGUGGGGACGGUGCGUGCGGCAUCAGCAAGCGUCUCCCGACCUAAGAAUCCACUCCGUCACCUACCGGCUGCCGGUGGAGUGCGCGGUAGGGCAAACGUUCAACGGAGGGCAGUGCGAAACGGUCACCACGAUCGGACGGCCAGUCUGUCGGAGCGGACACUUCUACAACGGGUCCUGCGUGGAGGUGGCCAAGUGUGUCCGGGGCACACUGAACGGCGUUUGCUCGUGCGAGCAGGAGCAACACGUGGCCAGCGCUUGCGCAGCGGGCAAGGUGCUGGAUGGGGUGUGCGUAAUUUCCCGGGCACACUGCAAACCGCCGGCCAAGCUGCGGAAUGGGGUGUGCGUGCGGGAGACCCGCACGCGCCCCCACUGUCCGGAGGGUGGUGUGCCGUAUCAGAGGGAGUACUGUGCGCUGGAAGCGCCACGCUGCGCAAGAGGCUUCACGCUGGACGAGCACGGACUGUGCCGGCGCGGCACACACGCGUGUACGUUCGAGUGUGGGCUUUACCAGCGGCUGAACCGAUGGUGCGGCCUACCGGCCAACUGUCCGGAGGGGUACACGCUGAGCGAGGCGGGCCACUGCCUGCGGGAGAAGAUCCGCCCCGCGUACAGCUGCCCCGAGGGGACGGUCGAGCGGGGCGAUCGGUGUGUCAGUGUGAGUCCGCUCUGUCGCUCCAACUAUCGGUACGAUCCGGGCGUUGACCUUUGCACCCGGUGCGACGAGCGAGCGAUGGCGUGUGCGCGGGGCAACCUUACCGGCGGGCAGUGCGUGUGGAGCGAACCGGCCUGUCCGGCCGGGCACGAGUGGAAGGACAGUGUGUGCGUGCGGAACGAUACGCGCCGGUACAGCUGCCGGAAGGGGUACGAGCAUGGGGAGCAGUGCGUCCACGGAGAGCUUGCCUGCCCGACCGGCGGCUACGAGCUGCAGGGCGAGGUGUGCACGGUGCAGGAAGACGUCCACUGUCCGGAGGGUUCGUACGCGGUGGAGGGCAGAUGCACCAUCGCCAAGGAGUGUCCGGAAGGGUUUCUGGCCGGGGCGGACGCGUGCGUGCGCGAAGUGAGGCGACUCGCUAACUCCACCGAACCGACCUGCCCGGCGGGGUACGCGUACGAGGGGGAUGUGUGCAUCCGGCGGACGGUGGUGGAAGCGUCCGUGAGCCGCAAGGAAGCGGUCUGUCCCGAUGGGUACGAGCGCGGGAGGGAGGAGCGGUGCGUGCGGUUGGUGCGCACGUUCCCCGUCUGUCCGCCGCGCACGAUCUACACGGACCGGAGCGAUCGGUGCUACUGCGAGGUGGAUCUGAUGUGCCCGACGGGGUACGAACGAACCGGGACGGAUUGUACGUACCGGGCGGCGGGGUACACGUCGCUGGUGAACUUCCUCAACCCUUGCUACGGGGCGUUCUGUGGCGGUGGUGGUGCGUACUGCAUCACGCAGUGCAGCUUCCCACCGUGCCCAUUUGAGCCGUGUGCCGUCGGUGGACUUACUGCGACCUUCGGACCAAGGGCAACGCGCUGCCUUACACCAGGGGCGGGCGAUAACGAUUGUCCACCGCAGACGAUCAUCGGACUGGUCUGUCCGCCCGGGUACGAGCGUGUCAACAGCUCCUGUCUCGCCUACUACGAUAAGGUUUGCCCCGCUGGCUACGAGCUCGACGGGGAAGAGUGUACGCAAGCCGUCUAUGUAGCACCCAUCUGCCCUUCGGGAUACCGUCCGGCGUUGAAUGCGGCCUCCACCUGCAUGCAGACAUCCUGUCCGAACGGUUACAAGCUCACCGGAACGGGCAUGACGUGCGAAAAGCGGGAGCUUCGCUCACCAAAACCAUGCCCGCCGGGGUGGGAUUUCUUCCAAGGCGCUUGCCAUCGGCGAACGCUCUGUCGCAACGGAACCAUCGAGGGAGCGUACUGCGUUGAGCGCGAGUUUACCCGGCCCACCUGCCCGGAAGGGUACAUCCAGCGGGGUGAAGAUUGCACCACGCAAGGCACUUGCCGCACGAUCGGAGCGGUGCUGAUCGAUGGUAUGUGCGUGCGGAUCGAAGAGCCUGCACCUUGUCCGGAGGGAACGUACCGUCAUGGCAGGCACUGCGUGUAUCCGGAUGCGCCCGAGUGUGAAGAUGUCCAGCACGUGGCCACGCAGUGCACCUCGGAGAUUGAUUCACGUGGCUACUGUUGGCAGCGGACCGCACCGACCUGUCCGCAGGGGUACCGGUUGCGCGACGAUCGAUGCAUUUCCUGCCAAAGCGAGAAACCCAACUGCCCUGCCCACCAGGCCAUACGGCAGGAGAUGUGUACGGCGGAACGGGUCGCCUGUCCGGCGGGGCAUUUUCUGCGCGACGGUUACUGCGUCACGGUGGACGUUACGCGCCCGAGCUGUCCUGCCGGAGAUUAUACGCUUUGCAACGGUUUCUGCAUCGUGCCGUACGUGCACGAGUGUAAGGCCGCGGAGUACGGACUGGCCACGUGUAGCCGCGGGUUCCUGCAGCACGGCAAGUGUGUGGAGCACGCCCGGUGUGCCGAUGCGCACCAUACGCUGGUGGGUGGCGAGUGUCAGCUGCGCACGUUCGUCGACGCAUCGUGCCACGGGAAGGGUACGCGGGUCGGGGAGCUGUGCAUUGGCGGCACGCCGAAAUGUCCCCCGAGCUAUGCGCUAACGGGUGGUCAGUGUUACAGCUGCCAGGUGGAGAACGCACAGUGCGCCACGGCGGGUGCUAGCUGCGCCGAAAGCUUCUGCCAGCUGGAACCGCCCCGCUGCAGCUCGUCGGGGGCAACGUUUGAUGGGCGCAGUUGCCGGCUGCUUGUGACGAGUAAACCGGUCUGCCCGACCGGCACCAGCCCGGACCGGUACGAGCCAAAGUUCUGCCAGCUCAAGUCGGAGCGGGCCGUGUACAACUGUCCGGCGGAGCAUCACUAUCAGAACGGGGUGUGCUUGAAGAAGCUGUACAAAACCCCCUCGUGUCCUGCGGACUACAAGCUACGGAAUGGGGCCUGUGUGAGGCGCAUCUGCUCCCGCAUGUCGUCCGGAUCGGCCUGCGGGGAUGUUGGUGGCCCGCUGGCUUUAACAACCGGACCAACCGUUUCCUGCGCACAGUGUUUGAACGAGACGGCUGGCACGAUGAGUGGAGGAAGCUGGUCCUCUACGGCUCCGGCCCAAAACGAGCUGGAUCUGUGCUGCAUGGUGUACUCUCCGCGAAUUUGCCCGGACGGUGGCGAAUGUCGUCACGAGCAGGAGCGUCUUUGCGGUUCCUUCUGCCUGACGGAGGACGAUCGGAUCUAUCUGACUGUGUCGCGUACGGUGCGCGUGGGCAAUCGGCUGUACGUGGCACCGGCACAUCGCAGUGGCGCUUCCGAUUACGUCGAUGUAUACGAUGAGGACGAAGGCGAUGAUGAGGAUCACGACGAAGGCCUCGGGACGGACUGUGCGCAGUGCGAGAUUGGACCGGCCAAUUGUGCGAAGCACUGCAACACAUACGAUUGCGAGGAGCAGGACGAGGAGGGGUGUAACUUUAAGGAGGCAAACACUUUCUGUGCCCAGUACCGGGGGGCGAAGAUUUGUGAACAUUUUAGUUUGUAA